AUGUAUGCAGAGACAUUUGAUGUAAAAGAUAAGCAUGCAAGAAUACAUUCCGAAAACAUUGAUGAAAUUCGAAGUAUUGAAAAUUCAAGCAUUGAGGUAGUAAAUGGAAGUGAAAGAAGUAGUGAUUCCGAAAGGCAAAUAGAUGUCAUCACUAGAUGUGAAAGUGGUGAGAAUAGUUAUUCUGUGACACAUAUCAAUGGAACCAAAAGCUUGUCUUCAUCGGGUAGAAGCUCUUCGUCAGAAUCAUCAUCGGAUGAUUUCUAUCGGUUGGAUGCGUCUGAACUUGCAUUGAAAUCUGAGAAACUUUAUGUUUCUAGUUUUGAGAGUUCUGUGAAAUCUGAGACGAGUUAUGUUUCUAGAAGUGAGAGCUCGGAGAAAUCUGAGAAAGGUUAUGUUUCUAGUAGCGAGAGCUCUGAGAAAUCUGAUGUUGAUAAUAGUCCUACAGCUCCAACAUCAACAUAUCAAGUUUACAAUUUGGCCUAUAGCGAAAAGGAUAUGUUACCUACCAUAAACCCUCCUAUCCAAGUGAUGGAUCGAUCGGGAAGAAUUGAUUCUAGCAGGAUUCCGUCUUCGGUGUUUGAUGGAAAUAAUAGUAGUAAUGGACAUAGUCCAUUGGAAUGGAGUAUUGCUUCUAAUGAAUCACUGUUUAGUAUUCAUAUAGGCCACCAUAGUUUUAACAGAGGCAAUACCUUUAAGGUUGGUGAAUUACAUGUGCCACAAGAAUUGACGAAAUCUGAUGAGUUAACUAUGUUUAACCGACUUCCAUCAGUUACUAUAGAGGAGAUAGACACUGCCAGCCAAAAUGCUGACAUUGAGAAGAUGGAAAAGUCUGAUGAAUCUUUCAAGUUCAAACCAAAGCCAAGUGAAGACCAAAAUGACAUAAAGACUCUUCAUCAAUCUGCAAGCAACAUUUCUUCUAAGUCAAGUGUGACGAGUCCCUCCAGCGAGAGUGGAGCCAGGGGACACUCUUUUGUUCCAUUAAAGAAGCGUUCACGGCGAUUGUGCUUCGGUUGUAACUGUAGUUGGGCAUUCUGCCACCAUAAUUGGCCGACAUGCUUCCAGUAUAAAUGGCCCACCUGCUGCCUCGCAUGGCCAAGUUGCCGGUGUUCAUGUGGUUGGUUGUUAUGCGGUUAUUGCAACGGUGGCCGAGUCUGCCCUAUUUUGACUGAAACAACAGAGAGGAAUAGUUUUAUGAAGACAAAUACUCCUAGUCCUAGAAAGCAUUCAUAUAAUGAAGAAUCAGAAACAACAAGCAGCUCCGAUUCCAGUUUCUGGUAUUGUUUCAAAUCUGAACAAGCAUGUGAUGUUUGUUCCAACUCAAGUUGUAAUUGUUGCAGUUGGUUCUAUUGCUUUUCUUGUCCUUCUUGUACAUGUAAGCUUUCUUGCACAAAAUGCAAAAGUUGGUGUUAA